UCCCGUCUCCUCUGCUCUCGAAAGUUCUUCGCACAUCUUCACUGCUCCGAAAAAUCGGGCAUCCAAGAUGAAGUCUCGCACCCCGACUCGGCUUGGUGUUGAGUUCCGCGCUUCCAGAUGGGAAGGCAGUGCUCCGCGGGACGUGUGGCAAAGCGUUCGGGCCCUUCGAGAGGAGAGCAGGGACGAACCGGACUGUCGAGAUAAGUUAUUGAAUCGCGCAACAUGCAUGGGUGACUAGUUAUAUCCGUCCAAGAUACAGCUGCCAGGCCUUCUUGAGCCAAUCAUUC